AAUUGUGGGAAGGUUCUCUUUCGAUUAGCAAAAUGGGUCGUGUUAGGACGAAAACAGUGAAGAAGGCUGCUCGUGUGAUUAUCGAGAAGUACUAUACACGUCUGACGUUGGACUUCCAUACCAAUAAACGGGUAUGUGAAGAGAUCGCUAUUAUUCCUAGCAAGAGGCUAAGGAAUCAAAUUGCUGGGUUUGUCACACAUUUAAUGAAGAGAAUUCAGGGAGGACCUGUGAGAGGAAUAUCUAUCAAACUUCAAGAGGAAGAGAGAGAAAGAAGAGAUAAUUAUGUCCCCGAGGUUUCAGCAAUUGAGCAAGAUAUUAUUGAGGUUGACCCAGAGACAAAGGAAAUGUUGAAGGUUUUGGACUUUGGAAACAUUGCAAAUCUUCAAGUAACACAACCAAUCACAGCUACACAAGGUUUCCGUCCUGGUGGAUUUGGGCAAAGAUAAAGCAAUUCAAUAAAUUUUAUUAAAAUUUCUUGAA